AUGGGAUUAAGUCACUCUUCUUCUUAUCAUUCUUCUCAUGUGAGGAGCGUGACAGAAUAUGGUCCAGUUAUUCUCGAACCACAUUCAGAAAUAUACCCGCGUUUGCCAAUUUGUGAAUUCAUGGGCUAUGACAAUAAAUCAUACAGCCCACAAUUCGAAUUGUUUGUUCAAAGUUAUCAAGCGCUAUAUGAUCGUCCCUGCGAUGACACACGAUCAUAUUACCAGGUCGUUGCACUCCAUGCACUGCCUUUUAAAGCCUAUGAUGGAGUUACUGGUGGCGUUCAUGAAUACAGAAAUGAAACGGACUGGAUAAAAGGUCGUUAUGGUGGAUAUUGUCAUCAUGGAGAUGUUUUGUUUCAACCAUGGCACCGACCCUAUUUACUAUUAAUAGAAUCGCUAUUAAUUAAUGAGGCAAAGAGAAUUGCUUUACAAUACCCAGAUAAUGAAAGAGAAAAGUACGUCGAAGCAGCAAAUAAACUUCGCCAUCCCUAUUGGGAUUGGGCUGCUGAAGAGGCAAUAAAGGGCAUUCCGGAUGCAUUUACAGAAGUUGAAUUCGAAAUAAAUACGCCAAAAGGCAUUGAAAAAGUCAGAAAUCCAUUAAAAAGUUAUAUAUUACCUGUAGAUCUUUCAUACCCCCUUGAAAAAGGUCGAAACCCAACUGAUAAACCCCAUUAUAAAAUACCAGGCCUGGAUCGUAAUCCAUUUACACCUGCUGGUUAUCCUACUAUCAGAUACCCUAGCCCUAACUAUGAAGAUCAAUAUCAUUUAUUAAACCUAAAUAUGACCAUAUAUAAUCCUACAGUCUUUAGACCAGGAUAUUAUCAAACAUUUCAUAUUGAUAAUUACCUACACUUUAGCAAUAAUGCUUUAAGAUCAAAUGGUAAAGAAUUGGGAGAGUUGCUCACAGCUCAUCCGAUACCAAAAUUGAUUGGAUAUUCACAUUUUGCAUCUAUCGAAACAACUCAUGAUGCUUUUCAUUUCGUAGCUGGUGGUCCUGGUGGUCAUAUGUCUUAUGCGGAUAUAACUGCAUACGACCCAUUAUUCUUUUUUCAUCAUGUCUUUGUUGAUCGUAUAUUUGCUCUUUGGCAGGCAAUAUUUCCUGAUAGCUGGGUUCCGGAAAAUAUUAGUGUUAAUGGAACUCAUACACUAGAAAAAUAUUCAGUAAUAAAUGAACAUACAGACCUAACACCAUUCCGAAAAUCAAAAACAAAAUUUUGGACAGCUUCAGACAUUAGAUAUAUAGAAAAGCUUGGAUAUACUUAUCCCGAAUUGAUGAAAUUUAAAGGUCAAGAUCGAAAAAAAUUGCAAGCAUAUGUUCUUGCAUACUAUAAACCUGAUCGGCUUUAUGGACGUAGAUUUUUCGCAAAAUUAACUAUAGAAGAGUGUAAAUUAGUUGGAUCAUACGUUAUUAAAGUUUUCGUUGAUUUGAAAAAUGCAACUGCAGAGACACCAAUAACUUCACCUCAUUUUGCUGGCUUAGUUGCCGUUCGGCGUAAACCUCGUGGAGGUGCUACUUAUUUCGUAGGAAGUGUCGAUAUUACAGCAGCUAUGGAUCGAUUGGGAAUACGAACACAAUCACACGAUUAUUUUUACGAUGUUGAUCCCAAGACAGGCUUGUUAAAUCCGAAGGCAAUUUUUGAUGUUAAAAAUGAUAUCAACAUAGUUGCUUGUUAUUUGAACGGAACAGGAAUUAGUCCGAAAGAAGCUGGUGUUGAAAAGGUUGAAGUUUAUUCACUCCAACAUGAUGAUGUGGAUCCAAAUUUCUUAGUCGAAAAUAGUG